AUGAGGCAGAAGGUAGGCUUCACCAGUUCUCUGGUAUACAUCUGUGUGAUGAUCAGUUUGGCAUUCUGUUAUGUCAGCAUCAAUCUUUUCUGUGACACCACAGCUCUUUUGGCGCUUUCCUGCGUGCAUGCAUUCAGCACAGAAAUGGUGAUCUUCGUUUUAGCCGGGUUCACCCUGCUUAGUUCUCUCUUCCUCACCACGAUCACCUACAUUGCCAUCAUCUCAGCCAUCCUGAAGCUCCAGUCUGCAGCAGGCAGACAGAAAGCCUUUUCCACCUGUGCCUCCCACCUCAUGGGGGUGACCAUCUUCUAUGGGUCCCUGAUUUUCACAUAUUUGCAGCCUGAUAACACAUCAUCCCUGACCCAGACACAGGUGGCAACUGUAUUCUAUACCACUGUCAUUCCAAUGCUGAAUCCACGCAUCUGUAGUGUGAGGAACAAAGACAUAAAAAAUACUCUCCUGAGAGUCAUACAUAGAAAACUGUUUCCAUGA